AAUCCAGCCCAAUGGACGCCCCCUAGGGGUUUUUAUUCAUUUAUUUUUUGACUUCGAUAGAAUCAUCGCCGUAGCGUGUUGAAAACAAUAAAUAAUUAAACCGGUAGUAUCGACAGUCGUCUGCGGAAAAUAAAAUAUCGUUGCAUAACGCUUACGCACAGUAUAAUACCUCUCUGCCAUCGUAACAUAUACAUAAUAUACGUACCGAUACAUAAUAAUAAUAUUGUUAUCAUCGUUAGGUGGGUACGUAAUACAUGUUGUUAGGUACGGUGGCGCACGAAGCCUUUACAUAAUAACCCCGUGCUCGUAACACGGGUCGGGCAGAUAACAAGUUUUUUUUUCUGCUCUUAAUUUUUUUUUUUUUUGUAUCGUCUGCGUCUUCGCCCACCGUCCGUGCCAAACUCGCUAUUACGCAAAACAAGUAGGCGGUAAUACGAACCGUCGGAACGACAAUAAUGUAGGGCACAGACUAUGGAAGGGUGACCGCCGUCGGUGUCUGAUGGGGUGCACUUUACACACCGGCGGCGUGGUCCCUAACAGGUGUCACCCCGUCGGCGUGCGAAAAAGAGGGUUCCGUCUGUAACAGGCCAUCGUAUAAUAGGUAUGCAAUAAUGAUAAUAAUAAUAUCGUCGGCGGGGAAACGGUGCGUGGUGGUAACAGUGAUAUGGUUUACGACGAUUUGUUAUGUUUUUCCGAGUUUUUCCGUUUAGCCGCCGCGGCGUACGGCGAAAAAAACAAAACGGAAUAACCGCGCGCACGCACACACGCAUAACGUCGCGCGCGCGCGUCGAAAGGGUUGGCCGCACUGGUUAUUGGUCACGCACGUCACACGAGCAGCGGCAGGCCAGUCUGUGGCGUCGUCGUCGCCGCCGCCGCCGCUCGUAUUUCCUGUUCCGCGAUCAUAACGAUUGUGUCGUAUAUAAUAAUAAUAAUAAUAUACGCAGUCGUAGGUGUGUGUGUUUGCCCGGAGCAGCUUCGGCGGCUGUUGCCGUAGAGGAAGAGUGGUUAAAACGCGCGGCGUGUGGUGUAUUCGGUUGCGUCGGCGGUGUAGUGCGCACAGGAGGAAGGAGUGCGUGCGGGACACGGACUAGGCGGCCGGCGAGAGAGGGCUCCCGGAGACGACGACGGCAAGAUGCGUUCUUUUCCGCCACCGCCUCCCUUUCUCGUCGAACGCUAUUGUCCUACGGUUGACCUUGACUACACACACACGCACACACUUAUACACACGACCGGAUUCCGGACGGACUUCCACGACGCAGACACACUCACACACACGCGCAUACUGGCCGCCGAAGUCGGUAUAUGGUCGUUACGUGAAAAAAAAAAUAAAUACAUAAUAAUAAUAAACUCAAACGAUAUUUUACGUGUAUUUCCCGGCGGCUCGCGUUGUCGUUUGGGUUUUUUUCUUGCCUACCCGUUCGCGUGUUUCGGGGGGGAGGGUCAAGGAUUUUGUUUUCGCAUUCCGUCGCCGUGUGCUCCGCGAUCGCCGAGCGCAAGACGUACAACAACACUUCUCAUGUUUGUUGUUUUCGCGAAUUCUCAUUCUCGGGGAUUUUUUUGUUUGUAUAUUUUCUGUUUCCAAAAACAACACACAAAUAAUAUUAUACUCUCGACGAUCUCACAAUAAUAAUAUAACGACAAUCACAACAACUCAUGAUAAUAAAUAAUAACAAUAUGAUUAUAACGAUGAUAAUAUACCCUCUUUUCGAGUUAUGCGCUCUAACGACGGACGGUGAUAGUGAUAUUAAUUAUUAUUAAAUGUAAUACAUUAUUAUUUUUGUAUUGUUGCCGAGAGUGUGUGUGUGCAUCGUCGUGCGCUCGAAGGAGAAAAAAUAUUCGUCCGCCGGAUUGUUACAGACUCCUCGCUUCGUAUAGGAAGUGGGAGAGACGACAAAGAAGACGCACACUUUGUGUUUGUGUGUGCGUGCGCGUGUUUUUGGGAAGCUGCCGUCGCAGCCGGUGGAAUGUAACGAUGGGUCUACAACAGUACGGGUUCGCGGCGGCGGUGCGCGAGGGGGUUCGGAGAUGGCGGGUGGAAUUGAUGGCCGCGCGCCGUUGUGCGGUGCGGUGGCGGAGGGACGAAGAAAAAAAGGAAACGGCCCCGUUCCCACGGUUCGGUGUCUGGGGCGCCCCAUCAGUGUGUGUAUGUGUGUUUGUGUGUUCUUCUCCGGUGUUGUGUCGAUGGUGCAUGUGUGAAGGGAGAGGACAAGGGAUUCCUUAUUUAUUUUUUCUUCACUUCUCUUUUCUCUUUAUCACCGCCGCCGCCGCAAUCACCGCACCCCUACGACACCCGACGACGCGGAACACCUGCUCUCUCCUCUCUCUUUCUCGUCGCAGUGCACAAAAGGGACGCCCCCGCCGAGUAGGGGAGAGAAAUCUCUACGAGAUGACACAUAUUUUUCUUUUAAUAUUUCCGUCCCCCGUCGUAGGCCGUUAUUCGGUGUUUGAUUUUUAUUCGUUUCCGAACGUCGGUCGUGACCGGGUCUUCGUUUUUCCAACAACGCUUAACCACCACCUCGUCCGGUCCGUCAUUCACCGCGCUUGCAGGUGACCGACUUUUUAGUCUCUGGAUCGAUCCUCUAAAGGCAUCAUGAAAUUGAUGCCCCUGACUCCGGGUCAGGUGUCAACAAUAACGCGGCACGGCGGUGGUGUCGGCGUCGGCGGUGGCCUAGGCAGUGGCUUAAGCGGUAGUGCUGCAGUCGGCGGCGGUGCGACCAACGGCAGCUCCACCGGCGGCCCGGGCAUGACCAACAACGCGGCCGCCGCGGCUUUCGUGUUCAACAGCGGUGCAGCGGCCGCCGCUGACCUGUUCUGGCGUUACCACCAUCACCACCCGCACCACGGUGGUGCCUUCAACUUCCCACCUUCGCCAACCCUGUUGCCACCCACUCCGUUCCCGUCGCCACUCGACUUCAAACACCACUUGCCAGCCAACCUUAUUACCGACCCGAGAAUCUGGACCAAAGAGGACGUGACCGCGUUCAUACAGUGGGCUGAAGUGGAAUUCGACUUGCCGCGAUUCGAAACCGAACUGUUCCAGAUGAACGGCAAAGCGCUGUGCCUAUUGACCAAACAGGACCUGGGCGAACGGUGUCCGGGCGCUGGCGACUUGCUCUACAACGUGCUGCAACUGUUGCGGCGCGGCGGUGACAUGAUGGGUACCGGAAGUGCCGGACACCUGCCCGGAAGCCCGGUCGCCUCGCACUUCCCUUUCAGCCCCACGUGGUGUCUGCCGGCACCUUCUUCGCCGGCCGUCCUCAGCCCGGCCCCGUCCAUAGACAGCCAGUCGGACAGCCCCCGGCACCUGGACUACCACCAUCAGCAGCCGCCGGUCGGCUCCACCACAACCACAGUCGGCCACCACCUCACGCCCAGCGUGUCUAUAUUCCCCACGACUCCGACAAUUGGAUACUCGAACAACGGCGGCACGAGCUCUGGCGGUAGCAAUCAAUCCGACUCCGACCCAGAAGAAUCGUCUGCUAGCAGUGGCACGCUGAACUUACCGCCGCCCACACCUACCACCCCGUCUUCGUCAACAUCACCACCGCCAUACUCUCCUUCUACGCCCAAACAGUCGAACGGAAAUAUAUUCUUCCCGUCUGGCGGUGAUUCAAACUCAAUCGAACCAAAUACAAAUGGUCGACUCUUGUGGGAUUUCCUACAGCAACUGCUGAACGACGGCCAACAGCGUUUCACUGGCUUCAUAGCGUGGAAAAACCAAGAAAUGGGAGUUUUCAAGAUUGUCGACCCCCCGGGUCUGGCCAAACUAUGGGGCAUACAGAAGAACCACUUGUCCAUGAACUACGACAAAAUGUCUAGAGCCUUGCGUUACUAUUACAGGGUAAACAUUCUCAGGAAGGUGCAGGGCGAAAGACACUGCUACCAGUUUCUUCGUAACCCCAGCGAAUUAAAAUGCAUUAAAAAUAUAUCUCUAUUGCGUCAGCAAAUGGCAUCCACGCCUCAAACUCCAACUACAACUACUCCCAAACUCGAAUCAACAGGAGAUAUAUCUGAUGAAGACUAUAAACCAACCGACUUGAGCAUGUCGUGUCCACCCAGCUCGUGGCAGGAAGGACCUCAAGACUUGUCAACAGCGUCGACUAGUUCAUCAAUGCAACUGCAGCUGAACAUGUCUACUUCGAUGACCCCACCAGUAUCUUCUGGAAUGACGAAAGCAGCUCUUAAACUUGAACAAGCUUCAUAGAGCAGCUGCCAAAAUUCUCCCUCCCCCACCGUGCGCCUUUAUUAAAUCAGCGUAUACAAGUUUUACUCAAGAAAAAAGUCUUUAUUAUAUAUAUAUAUAUUUUUUUUCUUAUUAUGUUACCAAGUCGAAUGUUUUAUAUUGUACGCUAACCACGAACAAUUUCCAUACAUAUUUCCUAAUGGUAUGUUCGGGGUGCAAUCCACACAGGGUAUUUUAUUAUAUCCAAAUUAAUAAUAAUAACAAGAUUUAGUAGUACUAAAUAUGUCAGAGUUAUUAACAGUCUCCGACUGCGCCAAUGGCACAUCCCUUAAGACUGUCGCACAACGAAAUAUACACAGCGCAACGAAUAUGAUGCUUGCAUCCGAAGAAUGUUACGUUACCAGUAGUAUAUUAUGGAUUUUUUUUUAUAAUUAAUUUAAAAAAAAAUUGACUGACAUUAUUAAACGCAGUUGACUAGUAAAAGUUUAUGCGAGAAAAACACGUCUGAGACUUUGGAUUAUAUUUUUAUACAGUUAUAUAUAGCCGAAUAUA